AUGUGGCGACUCACUAAACAUGAGCUUGCGACCCAGUACGAGUUCGCGACCCUGAACAUAAGAAUUUUAAUGGACACUGAACUUAAUCCAGAACCAGGAGAAAAGCCUGGACCCCAAAAUGAAAUGAUUUACGAUUUCCAAUCCAAUAGAAGACCGAGAGAAAAUAGCGACAGCGAGCAAGACCCAAACCCCAAGCAUCCAAGAAAACACGAAACCGGCAGGGACAGUACGGAGACCCAAUCGACCACAUCCGAAGACCCAACAGUAAACAGGCAAGAUAAUCCAAAUGUUAUCAUCAUAAGUUUAGCUGGUGAAUCAAAAACAAUGAAUUUCAACAAUCCCAUAAAAUUAACAGAAUCCAUAAACAAAUCUGAAUUUCAAAAGUAUAUAAUUGAAGACUCCUUAAGAGUACUAGGAACUGGGAAAGCUAUUAGAUUUGAGAUCAAAGAUAUAAACAAAUUAAGACCUCUAAAUCAAAUUCAAAAUCUGGGAGAAUGGAAAAUUUUUUGUAAACAACCAGCCUCCAAAAAAGUUGCAAUAGGGCAUACCUCAUACACUGUGAAUCAGUAUACUUUCCCUAUUCCAAAGUGUUACAAUUGUCUCAGAUAUGGCCAUGGGAUAAUGACUUGCAAAAAUAAAAAACGUUGUAGUAAAUGUAGCCAAUUUGACCAUAGUUACAAGGAUUGCUUAACAACAAGAAUAGAUCCUCAAAGUGCAAAAGAAACGACUAUAGACCUGGUAUUAGCAACACCAUCGCUAACCCAUUUAGAAAUAGAAACAGGCCCUAAUCUAGGAAAUGACGAAGAAAUGGAAUUUACAAAUAAACAUGACAUCUUAGGAUUGAGAUUCGAUGCACCAAGAUUAAAUUGGAGAGAACACAUUGAAAAUAUAAAGAUAAAAUCUUCAAAAAGAAUAGAUAUUAUGAAAAAACUAUCCUCAUACACAUGGGAAGAAGAAGAAGAAGAAGAAGUGUUUUGGGCACAAAGUUUGAAGUCGAAGGAAUGCAAUGGCAGGAGCAUCCCUUGGUACGGAGUUUCCCCUCCUCCUCCCAACAUUUGGUUCUCAGUCAACAAGUUUUCAUGGCUUCCUGACUGUUGGGAUGUAAAGGGAAUGACACUGAGUACAGAUGCAUGGCUGGCAUCUGUUAUUAAAAGGUGUCAGGAGCAGUUGUCACAGGAGGAGAAAGAUUGCCGUACUGUUCAGGAAUAUUUAAGAAAAUUUCAACAAAUAUGUGCUGCAGCUACUGAGAGUGAAGAUAGCGUGUCUCUGCCACAAGAUGCAAUGUUUACUACCCUCCUUUCUCACAUUGAAACUAUUGGCUGGUCAAAAGUGUCCCAAGUUUCAACUGAUUUCUCAAUGAUAUAUCUAGAGACCAAAGAUGAAAAUGAAAGAUUACACAGUCUAAGAGUCAAAAUCCAGCCUGGCUACCCUAUUGUUGAACCUGUUGUCGAAGCAGACCUGCCUGUUGACAUCGAUAUUACGUGGAAUACUAGUGAGGGCUUGUCGUGUAUAAUGUCGGCAUGGGAAGAAAAGCUCUCCACCCUCCAGGAGCUUUGGGACGUUUUGGACGAGCUUGAUGAGACGGCCCUCGUGCUCGAUCCUCCAAACCCCACGCGGAAGCACACCUCUCGCAGAAUCCUUUUAAGUAAUCAUGUGAGCAUCCAGUUAACAGUAUCCAUUGCCCACCCUCGCAGUCUGCCUCAGUGCCAUCUUCUGGGCUCUUCUCACCUGACUGCACCACUCAAUGCCAGACUCACAAACAAUUAUAAUGAAUGGGACCCAGAAAGAAGCAUCGUCAGCAAUCUGGAAAUAGUGCUUGGGGUUGACGUGGUAAAAGCAAAAAGUAAAGAAAGCGGGGAAGAUGCCGGUGGAAGUGACUGGAGUGCUGAAUGUGCUGUGUGCUAUUGCCUUCACCUUGAGGGGGCACUGCCUGAUUUGACGUGUGAUCACUGCUCUCAGGCAUUUCAUGUGCAGUGUCUGUAUGAGUGGCUGUGCAGUGUACCAAAUAGUCGACAGAGUAUGAACUUUAUCUUUGGAGAGUGUCCAUACUGCACACAGCUGAUAUCUUGUAAAGUUCCAACAUAAGGAGAAAGAGAUGAACUGGACAUUUUUAAUAAAACCUACAUUUUCU